AUGUAUGCAUCAAGUUGUAUCCAACCAAGGCUUAUUCAGGUCUUGCAUCAGAGUGACUCUGAUGAGUCUCAUCACCGCGAGAUUCACAACAGUCUCAAGCAAGCCUCACUUUCGCAGCCCUCACUGAACAAGGCUCAUUUGAGCCUCAAAUCAGUCUAUAUUUUUCCAGCCUGGACAAAGCAAGCCUGUUUAAGGGCUGUUUUCAUUGUCAGCCUUGCUUUUUCCCACCUGGGUAGAUGCAAUACCCCCCAAAAACUUGAAGACAGAGAAAAAGACGAAGCUGUGAGGCAAACGGUUGUCAUGAGCUGUCCUGGCGGGGAGCCAGAGAGGUCCAACGAAGAUCCAGAAUGUCCUGAGCUUGAGGACUCACUGUCGACAAAAGUUGCUGGACUCCCGCCCGUCGUCGCUGUAAUCGAGGACAAACUUGAAGUUCCUGCCUCAAUACUGUUCAACAGUCAUGCCAAACGUUCAGAAGAACCUCUCGGAUCCCCAAUAAAAACUGAAGGCUUCAUUGAUAAAGAGGCCAGUUUGAAGGACGAAAAUGAAGCCAUCCGCCCGACUUCUGCGUCAAUAAUUGAAAAGGGACAAAUUUCUGGAGAAAUUAUGGAUAAGAAUGUUGAGGAGAGAGCAGCAAGCACUCAACCGUUAGUAGACAAUGCUAGGGAUAACGGAUUACAGGAUGACAAACAAAAGAUCAUCGGCAUCGACAGCAGCCCACCACCUGCGACACCGCAACUGCCGCAAAUAGUCGUAGUUACUCCUUCACCCUCUAUGCAACUUUCUCACGGAUUCAAGAACAAAAUCCAUAUCAAAUCGGAAUCGACUAUUCCAGCCGGAAGCAGUAAGACCGCACAUUUACAUUCGCCCCUGGCACACGAAGCGAAAAAAAAACCGAAUUGUCCUGGACAAAUUCACACAACGAUUCCCGUGCUAUCCGGUAAGGUGCUUGCGAAACCAGGAAAACAGCCAGCGAAAGCGAGCAAAGACGUCUACGACUUGUCAGACGAAGAGGAGGAAAACAUUUUUCGCAAAAAACAUCCCAAAAAAACACCACCUCCUGCAAAAAAGACAGCAACAAGCCCGACAAAGACACAGAUGAUGGCGGUACUCCAGAACAUUGCAGAACGGUUAGGAAACACAGCAACUGAGAACAAUUCAUCUUUGGUAAGAUUGAUUUCGUGA